UCAUACGUACGUCACAAAAUGGCCGAUUUCCGUGGUAUGUUGUGAGCCGUGUGAUGCUAUACAAAUAAUUAACAAUCCUCAAACAUUUAUUUGGAAGUCUGUUGCAUUCGCUUGAAACGUUCUACAGUGUUCAGUUCAGGCAUGCCUAGAUACGAGUUAUCCCUGAUCCUAAAAGCGAUGCAGAGACCGGAGACGGCUUCGGCUUUGCGGCGCACGGUAGAGACUUUGAUAGAGCGGGGUGCUGUAGUGCGCGGCCUGGAGAACCUGGGCGAAAGAUCACUGCCCUUCAAGAUCUCCAAGCACAACUUGCGCCACACGCGUGGCGGAUAUUUCCUAGUGGAUUUCCACGCCGCACCCAAAAUUCUCCCUGGCUUUUUGGAUCACUUGGAACGCGAUGUGGACGUGGUGCGACAGACUGUUUUAAAGAAGGAGAUUCAGACAACGCCGGGGAAUUGCUGCGGCCCCCCUCCCACACAAACCAAGGGCAUCACAACUCACCCAGAAUGAAUCCACGACAGACCGACCGGACAGAUUGUCCUCUUCGAUGACUUCAUAUUUUUUCGUUUUCCUUCUGUAAAUAUGCCCUGGAAAUAAACAUCACUUUUUGUAAA